AUGUUUGGUUUCGACGAAAGCCGCGAUGCUCAUGAGCAAGUCUACGGGAGUGGAGGUUACGACAACCAAGCCAAAUUCUCCCACGAACUCAUUGGUGGCGGUGCUGCCUUUGAGGGCAUGAAGCUCUUUGAAGACCACCAACGCAAGGAGGGCAAGACUGUUUCCCACGGUUUCGCCAAAGAGCUACUUGCUGGCUUCGUCGGAGGCGAAGUUGACAAACUGGCUGAGACCAAAGGAAUGAACGAAUACGAUUCCUACGAAGCGAAGAAACAUGCGCAAGCGAGUGCUGAAAGAAUGUAUGACGACCAUUAUCAAGGCACAGAUCAAUACAACCCUGAUCAGACAGACUCACCAAACUUCAACUAUUGA